AUGGAUAAAUUCAUUGGAGUCUGUUUUAUUAUUUCUGGACUUGUCACAAGUGGUCUUUGUGCUGCGGGAUUAGAUUUGAUAGUAGAACCGGAAGAUGUUAUUGUUGAGCCAGGUGGUGCAGCUCGACUGGACUGUCAAGCGUCUAGCACGGUGUACGAUGCAUCAGCUAUUAAUAUCCAGUGGCGUACCGAGGACGGUCAAAUGGUUAAUUUUAUUGGAGAUAGUUAUAGAUCACAAUUAGCUAAUGGAUCGCUGUAUAUCAGCAGUGUUUACGCAGAUAAUUCUGAGUCGACGGGUGGUUAUCAAUGUUUAGUGACAGUAGAAAAUGUCGGAGCUGUUGUAUCAAAAAUAGCUACUAUCAGUUUGUUGUCACAGUUGCCGGCGUUUAAAGAAGAGCCACGAGAUAUAGCCGUCAGUUUAAAACAAACGGCCUUUUUUAGCUGUAGUUUGUUAACAACGAAAUUGUUGGAAAAUAGAGUAAAAAUUCAGUGGCUCAAAGAUGAACAUCCUUUGCAGCUGGAUGAAAGUCGUAUGACGAUAAUGCCGUCUUCGGGUGCGUUGGAAAUAGAUGAUGUACGCCACGAAGAUGUAGGUUCCUACCGAUGCAACGCUACGGCUUUUAAUCAGUAUCGAUUGAGUAAUAAAGCCCAGUUGACUCUUUUACAAGAAUCGCCCUCGUUAUCCACCGAUCUUGAUCAACAAUCCCCGCCUGUAUUUAUUGCAAAACCCAAAGCACAAAUAGCCGUUGAAGGCGCGACAAUUAUACUUGAGUGUGCAGCUAAUGGUCGGCCUAAACCUUCUAUUUUAUGGUUGAAAAACGGAGUAGCUGUUGAUCUAGCGACGUUGGAUUCAAGAUAUCGUAAAAUAGCAGCAUCUAGCCUUAUGAUUACUGAUAUUAUGGAAGAGGACACGGGAUCAUAUCAAUGUCGGGCAAAAAAUGAUGUUGAAACACUCGAUGCGGUGGCUGAAGUAACGGUUCAAGUGCCACCGAGAUUUAUAAAGAGACCUGAAGAUAAAGUUGCUAGUGAAAAUCAGGAUUUAGAAUUUGAAUGUGAUAUUUAUGGUAAACCAGAGCCUAAAGUUACUUGGCUUAAAAAUGGAGAAAAAAUAACUCUCAGCGAAUACUGGCAGCUUGUUAAUAACAAUAAUUUGAGAAUAAAUGGAUUAUUGCCGAUAGAUGCUGGAAUAUUUCAGUGUAUUGGAACUAAUCCAGCGGGUUCUAUUCAAACUUUCGCUCGACUUGUUAUCAUUCAUAAGCCAAAAAAAGGCCAUUUGGCAAAGUCACCAUCCAUAACAUUGUCACCCAAGUCAUUACCAAAAAAAAAAUUAUCACAUCAACGACAAUUAUACAAUAAUACUUGGCAACAUCCCAGCACGCUCCUUGGUCAUACAUUAUCAGCAUUUACUUCAUCAUCACCAGAAUUAUCAUCGAAUUCUUAUCCUGGUGAUGAUUCCGCGGAUUUAUUUUUUGAUAAAAUCUCAGAAGCUGAUACUGAGGGUGAUCUUGAUCCUGAUUCUGAUUUUGAUUCUGAUUCUGAUCCUGAUGAAACCUUAUUACCACCCCCACCAUCUCGUCAUCAUCAUCAUCAUCAUCAUCAUUAUCACCAUCAUCAACAAAAACCUGAAUCCCAUUUUUUAGAUAACACCGACAAUCUGGAUCUACUUGAGGGUGCCGGCAGCAAUGGGCCUAUUUUAUUAGCUCCAAAAAAUCUCAGCGUUGUUAUUGUCAAGACAAGAUUUGUUACUUUACGUUGGCAAAAACCAGAAAAUGCUGAUAGUGAUUCAUCACUUACUUAUCAUAUUUAUUACAAACAAGAUGGAUCUCAAAGAGAACGCGUAGUAAUAACUGCACAAAGACAAUUGGAAGUAGUAGUGCGAGGUCUUCAACCCGGAGUAACAUAUCAAUUUCGUGUUGUGGCGCAUAAUUCACAAGGAAUAGCUGGAGCUUCUAGUGAAGUCCUUACAGUAACAACUCACUCUGAAGCAGAUGUACCAAGCCCGCCGUUGAAUCUUGAGGGCCAUGCAACGAGUAGUCAGAGUAUAAAAGUAUCCUGGCAAGAGCCAAAAAUUCUCAACGGUCGCAUAUCUAAGUACGUUGUAACAGCAAUGGAAAAUACAGACGACAUUGGUGGCAGUAUUGGAGCUGGCGGAUUCAGCGAAGGUGAAAGAAUACGUGAAACGACGAGCACAACGUGUGAAUUAGUUGAUUUGACGCCUUAUACUGAGUACAGUAUUUGGGUGUAUGCAGUGAAUGAAAACGGUCCGGGUGCGUCAACGGGUGAAAUAAAUCUAAGAACUUUUAGCGCUCAACCAUCUCACCCGCCGCACAAUGUCACAUUAGAAGCAGCAAGCUCGACAAGUAUUAUUGUCCGUUGGGAACCACCGCUUGAAGGUCAAAAUGGUAUAAUAACAGGGUAUAAAAUUCGUUAUCGUCGUCAGGAUCGUCGUUAUCAUUCAAAUACAAUAACUACUGAAGGUAAUACACGUCUUCAUGUAAUAUCUGGAUUAGAAAAACAUGGUGUUUAUCAUGUACGUAUUUGUGCAUUAAAUGUUAAUGGUACAGGCCCUUGGACCGAGUGGAUGGCAAUUGAAACUUACGAGAAUGAUUUAGAUGAAUCAACAGUACCCUCAGCACCAACGAAUUUACGUACAAAAGCCCUGUCAACGUCCAUAUCCGUAUGGUGGAGUCCACCAAAAGAUGAUAGAAUAAAAGUACGGGGUUAUAUUAUUGGCUGGGGUAAAGGCUAUCCGGAUGUUUUUAAUCAGGAAUUGGACGGUAAACAACGUUACUAUUCAAUUGAAUCACUUGAUCCAAUGUUUGAGUAUGUAAUAUCAUUACGCGCAACCAAUGAAGCUGGCGAAGGACCACCAAUUUAUGCUAAUGUAAGGACUAUUGAGAAAACGGCUGUUGAAUCAACAGUAACACCAUUAAUACCACCAGUUGGGCUAAAAGCAGUCGUAUUGUCUGCCAAUACCGUUGUACUGUACUGGACAGAUACAUCACUCUCUGGUGGUCAACGUAUUUCGGACAACAGAUAUUACGUCGUUAGAUAUGCGCCUUAUCAUCCAUUAACACUUAGUCCACGUUAUAAAUAUUUCAAUGCUUCUGAUCUAAAUUGUAUGAUUGACGAUUUGAAGCCAAACACACAGUAUGAAUUUACCGUUAAAACAGUUAAGGGUAAGCGGGAAUCACCGUGGAGUAUGAUUGCACUUAAUCAAACACAUGAGGCUGCACCCACAUCAUCACCACGUGAUUUAACUGUUCAAAGUUAUGAAGAUCGUUCUACUGCAGUAAUAGUACAUUGGCAACCGCCUAAGCAACCCAAUGGUCAUAUUAUCGGUUAUAUUAUAUCUUAUUCGACUGAUAAUACGAAACGUGAGAGAGAUUGGCAUGUUGAAGGUGUACUUGGAAAUAAGACUGAGUAUAUUAUUAAAGGACUGAAACCUAGUACAACUUAUUAUUUUAAAAUUCAAGGAAGAAAUAUCAAAGGUUAUGGACCUUUUUCAUCUAUUGUUGUCUUUAAAACACCACUCAGCAAUGGCAUGGAUUAUGAUGAUUUUUACAGCCAACAACAACAAGAUGGACGAGGAUUAUCCCAAGUUCUUAUCUACAUAAUAAUCGGCUGUGCAGUGAUAUUAAUAACUGGAGUUGCAGUUGUUGUUAUAUUUGUAUGCUGUAGAAGACAAAAUGAGUCGCCAGACCGUAAAAAAGGCUAUAUGAAAGAUGUAAAUCAAAAGACAAAUAUUAAACCACCAGAUCUAUGGAUUCAUCAUGACCAGAUGGAGCUCAAAGCCCUGGAAAAAUCAUCAAUUAAUGGUGAAACUUUGACAUCAACGGCUAGCGGUGGAAUUGUUAAUAAUACGUUGCCAAGAUCUGGUAAUACUGAUUAUAACCAUACAGAUACAUCUGGUAAUACAGUAAUAAAUUCUGGUUCACUGGAUAAACGUACUUACGUACCAAGUUAUAUGGCAACUAAUAAUUUGGAUGACAAAUGCUCGACACUCACGAGACAACACAGUCGCAGUAAAUCAAAAUUUAUCCCCCUAACUGUUGUUGAUAGCGGUGGACCGCUACAUUCAUCCAUUACACCAGGAACAGCAGCAUCAACGACCAUUGUAAGUAGCGGUCAUGGUAACAGCUUAUCACAACCAACGAUCUUCAAUUCAUCGGAUGGAUCGCGUGAAUCGUCACGAUCAAUUUAUCCACGUACUGUUGGCGCUCAAUAUAGUUUAAGUAGAGCCCAUAUAACAUUAGAGCCCACUCCGGAGUCGAAUGCAUCUGCUGAUUUAUCAUCGAUGUCAAGCAAUUACGAGCAGCUUCAUCAUAAUUCUAUAACGUACGGCAGUACACCUUACAAUAAUUCAACAAGUAGUCAACAGUUUACGCCCGGACACUACGGUGGUGGUAAUACGAGUCAAUCUUCCGUGGCUGCUAAUUCAUCGAGUAUAAUCUCCGGUGGAAAUAGCAGUAGAGGUGAACUUGGUGGUGGUAGUGGAUCAGGAACGGAAUCUAAUGCCAAUAGCGGUGGUGGUAGUGGUAGUAUUAAACGACUCCAAGGUCAUCCAUUAAAAAGUUUCAGCGUACCAGCUCCACCACCACAAUCAGCACCAUCCACACCAGCACAACAGAAACACGUAACUCAAGUUUCUCAAGUUACUGUAAGGUCUAGUCUAUCCGGAAGUCCAUAUAAAAAACAACAAUCCGGUUCUUCCUCAGCAGCAACUAGUACUAAUCAAUUGACUAAAAAUCGACUGGCUUCCGUCUCAAAUGCUUGUCACACGCCUGAAGAAAUUGAACGACUUAAACCCUCGUACAGUACUGAGGAAUUGAAUCAAGAAAUGGCUAAUCUAGAAGGCCUUAUGAAGGACCUAAAUGCCAUAACGGCCUCUGAAUUUAAAUGUUGA